UUUGACCAAACCAAUGCCAGCAGCCAUCCUCUAGAAUUCUCGUUGAAGCUAACAAAAAUUGGCUCAUCAAUGAACAUUAAAUCUAGUGGGUGAAGGUUUAUUGAGUAACAGGAUAAUUAGUUUCAAAGUAUUUUCCCAUAACUCACUUAUUAACAAGUACAGCAUAAUAAAUCAUGCUGGAGAAAUCAUGCUAGCAGACAGUUUUGAUCAGGUUAGCAUAAUCAGUGAUGGAAGAAAUCAACAUUUUAUGCCUCCUGAUAGUUGUAUGAACUGAGAACACCAUCACUCUAUGGUUCCUGUCCCAAAUAAAAUAUUACACAAACAUCAGUUGAGAGGCUUUCUAAAAAUAACUAGCCUAUAAUCUUCCAAAGUACCAAGGUCAUGAAAGACAAGGAAAGAUUGAGGAAUUGUUCUAGACUGAAGGAGAUUGAAUUAGAUUACAAAAUAAGUAAUCCUGGGAUGGAUUCUGGAACUUUAAAGGACUUUAUUGAAACUAUAAAUAAUAUUUAGGAAUUACAUGGUAAUAUCAGAUGAAUAUUAAUUUCCUGGUUUUUGAGGUUGUACUGAGAUUAUGUGGAAGAGUGUAUUUAAGAAAAAUACACUGAGGCAGGGAGAGCCAUCGCCGCUGCCACCAUGAGUGAUCAACAGCAGGACUGUGUCUUGGACUUAAUGAGGUGCCUGCCUCCACAGCAAAUUGAGAAAAACCUCAGUGACCUGAUUGACCUGGUUCCCAGUCUAUGUGAAGAUCUCCUGUCUUCUGUUGACCAGCCACUGAAAAUCGCCAGAGACAAAGUGAUGGGAAAGGAUUACCUUUUGUGUGACUACAACAGAGACAGGGACUCGUGUAGGUCACCAUGGAGUAACAAGUGUGACCCUCCCUUGGAAGAUGGGGCCAUGCCUUCUGCUCGGCUGAGGAAGCUGGAGGUGGAAGCCAACCAUGCCUUUGACCAGUAUCGAGACCUGUAUUUUGAAGGCAGCGUCUCAUCUGUCUACCUCUGGGAUCUGGAUCAUGGCUUUGCUGGAGUGAUCCUCAUAAAGAAGGCUGGAGAUGGAUCAAAGAAGAUCAGAGGCUGCUGGGAUUCCAUCCACGUGGUGGAAGUGCAGAAGUCCAGUGGCCGCACCGCUCAUUACAAGCUGACCUCUACGGUGAUGCUGUGGCUGCAAACCAACAAAUCCGGUUCUGGCACCAUGAAACGUGGAGGCAGCCUUACCAGGCAGGUGGAGAAAGAUGAAACUGUGAGCGACUCCUCGCCACACAUAGCCAAUACUGGGCGCCUGGUAGAGGACAUGGAAAAUAACAUCAGAAGUAUGCUGAAUGAGAUCUACUUUGGAAAAACAAAGGACAUUGUCAAUGGGCUGAGGUCUGUGCAGACUUUUGCAGACAACUCAAAACAAGAAGCUCUUAAGAAUGACCUGGUGGAGGCUUUGAAGAGAAAGCAGCAAUGUUAAACCUCUGCUUCACGCUAAUUGGACAUGCCAUGUACUCAUUAGAUUCCUUUCUUAGAAAACUCGUUUUCUGCUCCCUUCCUGUCCCUUUCCUCCCCGACAGGUCACACAACACCUGUGUCACUGACCUGUACAGCGCUAUCACACCCUGAGAAUAAAGCCGCAAAUACCCUCUCCGUCUCUCAAGCCUGCUUCCCACCACAUUUUGCUAUCAGAACUUGAUGUUUCCAUAGAGAGCAUGUGUGUUUUGUUUGCCCAGGCUCCACUCCCCCUCCCCCCAUUUAUAGGCAUAAAAUACACUGUCUGCCUCCUCUUCCACCUUUUUGUUACAUUAGUGUAAAAAAUGUAAAACAAAAUUUUAUGAAAUAACUGGUAUGUGAAAGAAGAAAAACUGGAAAUCUGACUCCACGUGUGUUUGGGAGUUGCUUGGGGUUGGGGUGGGGAGCAGGGGACAGCUCUGGGAGGAAGGAGAGGUGGCCCUCAGCACUGUCCUGCACGCUGGCCCCUGGCCGCGGAGACCACGUUGUGGGGGUGGGGGGCCUCGACCGUCUGCUCUUCUGGCCAGGUGCUUUUCUGUCCAUUUUUAUGGAAUGCAAAAAGAGUUUUUGUUUUAUUUUGUUUUUUUGUAAAGCUUUAAAAAAAAACACCUACAUUUUAUACUUGAGCUUCCAUACUUAAAAAGAACAAAAAAGAAA